AUGGCAUUUGGGCACAUAAGAGGAUUGAGGUUUGCAGAUAUAGACACUUCAGAAAUAACUUCUUUUCACAAUGACCAGAUACCAAAGCUACAAUUGCAUGAUGCUGUCUUAGAUACAUGCAAACUUUUAGCAUGGAAUGAAGACCAAGUGAUAUCCAGUCAAAAUGCUGGGAUGGGUAUAUUCAUUUAUCUUACUGACCUUGAUCAUAUCGUGAUGCCUCCAUUUGUGCCAACUCAGCAAGAUAUUCUUAGAGUCCAAGUGCCAAGUACAGGGUAUCCUUUUGAUUUAGAAAAUAUUGUAUUUAGGAUGGUAGAUGUAGGUAGCCAAAGGUCAGAAAGAAGGAAGUGGAUUCAUUGUUCUGGAAGUUCCAUCAUUUUUUUAGUUGCGUUAAGUGAAUACGAUCAAGUCUUGGCAGGAUGUGACAAUAAAGUAAGGAGUGGGGAAAGCAAAGAUUUAUUUAAAACACUUAUUAUGUAUGCUUGGUUUCAGAACUCUUCAGUCAUUUUGUUUUUAAAUAAGAAGGAUCUUCUAGAGGAGAAAAUUAUGUGUUCCCAUCUCAGUUAUUACUUUCCAGAAUACACAGACAAGUGGCAAGAUGUGAAAUCUGCCAGAGGUUUCAUUUUGAAGCCAUAGUAGGAUCAGAAUCCAAAAAAGGAUAAAGUAAUCAAUACCCAUUUUGCUUGUGCCACAGACACAGAAAAUAUUCAUUUUGUCUUCGCUGCUGUCAAGGACACAAUUCUGCAAUUAAACCUGCGGGAGAUCAACCUGGUUUAA